CAACUCACCGCAUACCCUCUCCCUGCAUGCAACUAACCGCAUACCCUCUCCCUGCAUGCAACUCAUCGCAUGUCCUCUCCCUCCAUGCAACUCACCGCAUACCCUCUCCCUGCAUGCAACUCACCGCAUGUCCUCUCCCUGCAUGCAACUCACUGCAUACCCUCUCCCUGCAUGCAACUCAUCGCAUGUCCUCUCCCUCCAUGCAACUCACCGCAUACCCUCUCCCUGCAUGCAACUCACCGCAUACCCUCUCCCUGCAUGCAACUCACCGCAUAUCCUCUCCCUCCAUGCAACUCACCGCAUAUCCUCUCCCUCCAUGCAACUCACCGCAUAUCCUCUCCCUGCAUGCAACUAACCGCAUACCCUCUCCCUGCAUGCAACUCACCGCAUAUCCUCUCCCUGCAUGCAACUCACCGCAUAUCCUCUCCCUGCAUGCAACUCACCGCAUACCCUCUCCCUGCAUGCAACUCACCGCAUAUCCUCUCCCUCCAUGCAACUCACCGCAUACCCUCUCCCUGCAUGCAACUCAUCGCAUGUCCUCUCCCUGCAUGCAACUCACCGCAUACCCUCUCCCUGCAUGCAACUCACCGCAUACCCUCUCCCUGCAUGCAACUCAUCGCGUGUCCUCUCCCUGCAUGCAACUCACCGCAUACCCUCUCCCUGCAUGCAACUCACCGCAUAUCCUCUCCCUCCAUGCACCUCACCGCAUAUCCUCUCCCUUCAUAAAACUCACCGCAUAUCCUCUCCCUUCAUAA